GCAAUGGCAAUGCGGUGCUGCUAAAUGUUAACAGUAUACCAUGCAGCCCUAAAGGGUGUUUUCCACCUUUGGAAGAGGACAUAAAGACAUAAAGAGGAAAGUCGUAAUGAAGGAGGAAGGCAUGGUGCUGCUUUGUGUCUGGCUGUAGGCUGAGAUGGGACAUGUGAUUGUGUAAACAAGAAUCAUCAUCAUCUACAGUUUGGAUUCAUAGCCCGGGAGCUCAAAGUUUUCUUCUCACUUUGCUAAAGGAAUUAGGGCACUGUACUUAUGUGUGUGUGUUUGAGGAAGAGGGAGAGUGAGAUGGAGAGAGAGAGAGCAGAUGGAAACAUUGUAACUCAAGGCGAGUCAGGGUGCAGCAGCAGAGGCAGAGUUUCUUUUCCAUGGAUUGAAGAGGAGGGAAAUCCUCUUCCUCAGCGUCGCCUGCAUGUAAAUGAAGCAGACCGGGACAGAAAAAAGGUUUAACACACUCUCAUCUGUAACCAGCACUUGACUUUGUGAGGAAGAGAGCUUUUUUUUUUUCUCGAGCCCGGGGUGCCAGGCAUCAUCACUGACAAUUUUCCAGAGCCUUCUCAAAGGCUCAUACAGGUGACAAGUGUGUCUAACUUCACUGCAGCGCCUGGAUCGACGCGCUCACAGUGCGCUUUGUCCAGCGGCACUUGCGCUGCGUGAGACCCGCCGUUUUUUUGUUUUGACGUGACAUUUCGCCUUCGCUGCUGUGCAUAUGUGGCCACAUAUGACGCAUAUGCGCCUAGAGCUGUUUUUCCAAACGCUUGUUUUAGAAGCUGGAGAGAUGCGUUUUUGAGGACAAGUUUCCGCGCUGAUUGGUAUGUUCGUCAUGUCUGCGCGGGUUAACUUGCGCGUUUCUCUGUAGAGUCACACACAGACCCGGGCUCUGCUCGGCGCUGAAGUUGGUUGGGAUUAAUAAUAAUAACCGUGCGGAGCGCAGAGGAGGGGGAAAAGAGGUGACAGCGGCGUUCAGGGGAUGUUUAGCGGCUAAAUUUUCUACCAACAUCAUCAGCAUCUCCGAGUCAGGAUCAAAACUGCGGGGGUCUGCUGCCGCUCACUCCUCUUCCUCGACACACUUCUAGUUUUUGCAGAAGCCAGUCUGUGAAUUCCAGUCCCAGAAGCAGCAGCUGCGUAAACUUGGCCAGAUCUGGUGACACUGUACCCUAUGUGUGUGUGUGCGUGCGUGUGUGUCUGCCGAUCAGCCCUGGAUGGAUAUGCGUCUCACCGAGGGGAUUUGAAAAGCAAGGGGGGAUUUCUAUCAGUCCCUCUUUUAUUAUAACCUCAAAAUGGAUGCCGACGACAGGCUGUGGAGACGCCACUGGAUUAGCCACUCUUCCACUGAUCUGUUUGACAUCUGAGCUGCUCCAGGGGUUCAAAGUUUGGAUAAUCUAAAGAAGGUUGAAGGUGUAGGAUGCAGUCUGGAGCGAAGACGCUCUCCGCAGGUGGAGGUGCGUCACUCUGCUGCCUGCUGCUCCUCUGGCUCAUCUACUCCCAUCUGCUCAGAGAGGGCCAGUUGGCGGUGGGAACCUGCGAGAUAGUGAUGCUCAACAGAGACAGCAGCGUUCCCAGACGGACCAUUGCUAGGCAGACGGCUCGCUGCGCCUGCCGAAGAGGCCAGAUCGCCGGGACCACCAGGGCGAGGCCGGCAUGUGUAGACGCGAGGAUCGUGAGGAGCCGUCAGUGGUGUGAGAUGGCGCCCUGCCUGGAGGGGGAGGUCUGCAGCCUCCUGUUCAACCGCUCCGGAUGGACCUGCACCAAGGGCAGCGGUCGCAUCAAGACCGUCACGCCUUUGCCCAAGGAGCCGUCGUAGGAUGCAGAGGAAACAGCAAGUUCAUUGACAUCAGUGCUACAAAAGAAACGGAGGCCCAUCACUACAACAGAACAUUGUGUCCAUACAACAACAACAACAACGAGGCUCCCAGAACUUUACAGCAGCCUUGACCUUCAGUAAAAUAAAAAAAUAAAAAAACAACCCCAGAGCUUUUCCAAUCACUACAGUGAAAGACUCUCUGCAGACACUUCUAAGAACUCUGAGAAGUCUCAAGUGAGCAGCAUGGUACACCAUCGGCAUCGAAUCUUCACCGCAGCCAAAUUCACAGACACAUCAUAGACAGAAAAAUCUCUCUGAGGAACAGUCAUUACCAGGGCAGUGGAAUAAUCAUUCAAGUACGUAACCUCUUUUUUUUGUCCACGUUAUCUAACGUUAGGUCGGCGAGGGUCGUCUCCCUGAAGAUUUUUACCUUCGUGGCUUGAUUUAGACUUGUCAAAAGGUCCUUCAAAAGUCAGCCCCUUCAUCUUCUUUACUACCCCCCGCUAUGAAGCCUUCCGGGGUUUUAUUCCAGCCAAGUUUCUUUAAUGACAGCCCGCUGCUAAAGAGUCGUGACUUGACUGAGGUUGAGCCAGGCCAUACCGUCCAUUGGAUUCUAGCCUUUCACACCUUUUUCUCAUUCGGCUGAGUGAAACUUUACAAGGCCUCCAAGAUCUCUGCAUACACACACACACACAUACACAGAAACACACACACACACACACACACACACACACACAAAGGAAGGACAUUGUGAAAACGCAUGAAAGUCUUUUGAAUGCCACUGAAGAGGCGACAGAGAAGAUGUGACUGUCUUUCCUGAAUGAAUUAAGGAUCAAAAAGGGGAAAUGUGGACAUUUUUUGGGGCGACUUAGCUUAUAACUUAUGUUUUGUAUGUGGUGCCAACAUAGACUAGAAGAGUAGUUUUUGUCAAUGAACCUCACACAUCUUGUACACACCACCAGGCGCUUUUAGCAGAUGUGGACCCUGGUUCAUUUUAAAAUGAUCUAUACUUUGUGUGGGUGUAUGUUUAUGCUAGUGUGCCGGUGCAUAAGUGUGUGAGCGCAUGUUUGCAUCUGUCCACGUGUUCUGGGGACGUGUUUGUAUGCUUGUGUGCCUGUGUGUGGGAGCGUGUGCACAUCCUGAGAUACACUGUGAAAUAAGUCAUGUCCAAUGCAUUAUUCAUACUCUUGUAUAGUUUUGGGACACGCCGAGACCAGAGCUCACCAUCUGGCAAAAGAAGCAUUUGUGAUUUUACAGAUGUUGGAUCUCAUUUAAAACCUUCACGGAUGAAUCCUGGGUUUGCCUUCUCUUCUCUUUCUUGUCUUUUCUUUAGUACAUAGAGAUAUUUAUAUCAGGGGGGAGAGAUAUUAUUGAAACUGGGGACAGAUCUACAGUAUGUCACAUAAGUUCAAUUCUGUAAUUAAAAUAACUAAUGUGUGAUUAAAUGUAUUCAGAAUACUCGUCUAAAUUGACUCUAUUUUGAUAUGAAAUGUUUUGGCCAGAUGGAAGUGCUAUUUGCUGAUUUCAGAUGCUUGAUAUAUUUGAAAUUGUGUACAUAUAUAUACAUAUAUAUAUAUUCAAUUAAUGUAUUUUAUGUUCCGUGGGUCUUAUUCCAAGAGAAGAUAAAGUAAAGGAGGGGCACAAGUUGUAUUCUUCUGAGAGAAGUAUGAGAUGUGGACACAAUAACAAGAACACCAGUAAGAUAUGUGAAAAACAAGAAACACACAACACACAGGCCGCAGCAAGAUGAUGAAUCCUCGUUUCGCUAAUGCAGCAUCAAAAGAAUCAUUUUCACAGAGGAAUUGUUUGUUGCUUGCUGGUUGCUACAUUAUAGUGUGCAGGUGUUCCUGUUAAUGUGUCUACAACCUGUUUUUUUUUUUUCAUUUCUUUGUAUUGAAAAUCCUGUACAUCUCCAUCUUAAUGUAUGCAUUUGAGGAUAUAAAGAGAGCGUCCGCUCCCUGGAGCUGUGGAGUGUGUA